AUGGGAAAUUACACCUAUGAGUUCUUCAUUUUGACCUUUCCUACACAGGCAAAGAAUAAGCCAUGUCUAUCUCUUAUCUUCAUCCUGAUAUACAUGAUCGGAGUGAUGGCAAAUGCAGUGACUAUCAUAGUAAUACAUAGCGAUCAGCACUUACACACCCCCAUGUAUCUAUUCAUCUGCAAUUUAUCCAUUAUUGACAUUUGCUACACAACCAUCACAGUCCCUAAGUUGGUUCACAUGUUCUUGAGCGGUAACUAUAUAUUGUCCUUCACCCAGUGCUUCACCCAGAUGUACUUCUUUGGCCACUUGGCUACAACGGAGGAUCUACUGCUCUUCAUUAUGGCUUAUGAUCGCUAUGUCGCCAUUUGUAACCCUCUACAUUAUCACAGUGUAUUGAGUAAGAGGAACUGUAUCCUGUUCAUGACUGUUGUCUGGGUUUCUGGGUUUGUGAAUUCCACUGCUACAACCUUCGCCUUAUCCAAGAUACAAUUUUGCUAUUCUAAUACUGUCUCACAAUUCUUCUGCGAAUUCAAAGCUUUUGAUAAAAUCUCCUGUCCUAAUGCUGGAUUUCGGUUGAUUAGCUACCUGGAAGCUUUGUUCUUUGGUCUUACCCCUUUACUUUGCUGUAUAAUAUCUUAUAUUAAGAUAAUCACCAUUAUCUUACAUAUUAAAUCUAGUGAUGGUAGAAGAAAGGCUUUUUCCACCUGCUCGUCCCACCUCAUGGUCCUCACUAUGAUUUAUGGUACCUUUAUCUGUGUGUAUACAAUGCCUCCAUUAAAAGAUACCCGGGUCUUUGAACUGACCCUUUCUGUCCUGUAUACAACCAUCACUCCCAUGUUAAACCCUCUGAUAUACAGUGUACGGAAUAAAGAUGUGAAGAGGGCUCUACUGAAAAUGGUGGGGGGCAAAGUCAUAUGA